AGUACUUUCUUUCCUACCCUAGUUUGUGGAAGCGUUCUUUUAUCUCAUUAAGUAAAAAGCUUGGAAUUUCAAUGUAUUCAAGUAUUCAUGAAGUCUUUCUUUUAAGCGCAGCUCACGGUUUUAGCCCCAACAGCUUCGUCGUUGUUGUAUAAUAAAUUACUAUAAUACUAUUAAUUUUAAUAUUGUUAUUAAUAAAUUAUUGAUAAAUGCUUAGCUAUCUGUUCAACUGGGUCGAUUACCGUACCUUUUACUUUAUUUCGAAAAUAUUGGACACUUGUGAUUCUUGGAUUGAGACAAAAUGAUGAGCAUACGGUCUCUGCAGUUAACACCGCGAAAAAAUCAUUUGAUAUGCGCAUCAGCUUACUUCCUUCGAUUAGAAUGUGCAAAGUGCAUACCCAAUUAUCAUGCACAACAUCGUUUUUCACACAUUUCAAAUAAACAGAAUAUUAAUUAUAAACAUAAAUUUUUCUACGCAUUUUUAGCACUUGGAGGUGUAAUCGGCGGCUUUGCCCUGUACGAACACAAAUAUAAACUAUUUGGGGUGAAAUUGGACGGAAUUCAUAUUGAUGAAAUCUCAAGCACACAAUCAAAAGAAGAAAAACCAAUAUGGCAUAUGAAUGCACGCUCUGAUUUGCCAACAUAUAAUAUGGAUGAAGUAAAAGAUCAUUGUAAUAUUGAAAAACGUAUUUGGAUAACUUAUGGAAUUGGUGUAUACGACAUAACAGACUUCAUUGCCAAACAUCCAGGCGGUGAUAACAUUAUGUUGGGAGCGGGCAGUGCAAUUGACCCAUUUUGGGCUAUUUAUCAGCAACAUAAUAACAAAGAAAUUUUAACACUUUUGGAGUUUUAUCGUAUUGGAAACUUAAGUUCAGAUGAUAAGAUAAGUACAGAGGAUAUGGGUUCCCCAUGGGCUAAUGAGCCCAAACGUCAUCCAGUGCUUAAACCAGCAUCAAAUAGACCAUUCAAUGGAGAGCCGCCAUUAAAGCUUCUCGUACAAAACUUUAUUACCCCAAAUGAAUUUUUUUAUGUGAGAAAUCAUUUACCAGUUCCUCUUAUUGAUGUUAAUAAAUACGAACUUGAAAUUGCUAUAGAAACGACAGAAUCGGGAACGAAGGAACAAAUCAAAACCUUAACUUUGGAAGAUAUCAAAAGAUUACCAAAAUACACAGUUACUGCAGCCAUAAUGUGCGGUGGUAACCGCCGCUCUGAAAUGACAAAUGUGAAAUCUGUUAAAGGGCUUUCCUGGAAUGCAGGUGCAGUGGGUAAUGCAACAUGGUCGGGAGCUUGCCUACGGGAUCUUCUUUUGGAAAUGGGGGUUAAACCAAAUGAAAACUUGCAUGUUGUUUUAGAAGGCGCCGAUCUCGAUCCUACUUCGCAUUCUUAUGGCGCAUCCAUUCCACUUUCCAAAGCAUUGGAUGAACGUGGUGAUGUCAUACUUGCAUAUGAAAUGAAUGGUAAAAUUCUAAGCCGUGACCACGGAUAUCCUUUACGAUGCAUUGUGCCCGGAAAUGUUGGGGCACGCAAUGUCAAAUGGUUAACUCGUAUUGCAGUCUCUGAAGCCGAAUCUAACUCACAUUGGCAGCAGAGUGAUUAUAAAGGAUUCAGUCCAAGUACGGACUGGGAUACAGUUGAUUUUACGAAAUCUCCAGCCAUACAGGCAAUGCCAGUCACGUCUGCAAUAUGUAGCCCUACAGAAGGCGAAGUACUCAAAAUACCAGCUGACGGAUAUCUAACUGUACACGGAUAUGCGUGGUCAGGUGGAGGUCGCCGCAUUGUACGCGUUGAUUUGACUGCUGAUAGGGGCAAAACAUGGCAUGUUGCAAAAAUUCAACAGGAGGAUCAGCCAGAUGGUCGCCAUUACGGUUGGUCUCUAUGGACUGGUCGAAUCAAAAUGGAAACCGCAUCUACUGGAGAAGUAGAAAUUUGGGCUAAAGCGGUCGAUUCCGCAUACAAUGUUCAACCAGAAACAUUUGAAAAUAUAUGGAACUUACGCGGUGUGCUUGCAAAUGCUUACCAUCGUAUAAAGAUCAAAAUCAUAUAAUUAUAAAUGAUGAAACCGCAUAUACAUAAAUACAUAGAAGAAAUAUUAAUAACUAUGCACCCAGCAUCAUUUCUGAAAAUUACUGUUGUGAUUGUAGCGGCCAAACAUUCCUAAAAUAUUUUCAAGUUCAAUUUCAGACCUCGAAAUAAGUUCGUCUUUGACAAUUUUCAACCAUUUAUUAUGACAGCAAUGAUGAACAAUGUAGGCAUAUAAAGGCAAUGGCAAACCUUCCAGCUUAUUCGUGUUGUGAAAGAACUUCUUAUUUCUUUCUAACCAUGUAUUUAACUAAAUAUUCACUUUGUACCUCGUGUACCAAUAACUUAUGUUAAUAAAAUUUUAAACAGUGUAAGUAAA